AUGGGGGAGAUUCUGACGGGAGGGGUAAUCGAGAUGUUAAGAAAGGAAACAGUGAAGAAUCAAGAACACAUGAAACCGAUUCUGCAAGUGACGGAAAUGAAGAAGUUCACGUCUCACCAAGAACCUUCCAAUGAGAGGAUUAGGGUUUUGUUAUCAGACGGGACUGCCUUUAUUCAGGGCAUGCUUGGGGUUGCUCUCAACCCUCUUGUCAAUGAUGGGCUUCUUCAAACCGGUUCCAUCCUAAGGCUCGAUCGUUUCCUCUGUAGUGACAUCCAAAAUAAAAAGAUUGUUGUUGUUACGGAAGUGGAAGUGAUUACAACGAAAGCUGAUAUAAUUGGAAAUCAUGUACGAGCAAGAAAGGCUAGUGAUCAGAGUGGAGGAGAGUCUAGUAACAAGUCUAAUGCAACUAGUGGUUUUGAGCAACAUGGUAGGAGUGAUGUGACUAGUACUGGUGGUCGCCAAGUUAACAACACCGAGAUUGGGACAAGUUACGUUGGUCAACAGAGACCACAACUGUAUGGUUCUGGUUCUGGUUCUAGUUUUGAGCAAAGUGCGAGGAGUGAUUUGAGCGGUGGUCAUCAAAUCAAUACAGGGACAAGCCAUGCAGCUAUUCCACCUCAACAGAGACCACAAGUGUAUGGUUCUGGUUCUAGUUUUGAGCAAAAUGGUAGGAGUGGUAGUAAUCAAAUCAAUACAGGAACAAGUCACGCAGCUAUUCCACCUCAACAGAGACAACAAGUGUAUGGUUCUGGUUCUAGUGUAGCUGGAUCAGCACCUUCCGCUAGGUCCUACAGCAAUCCUCCAACCACUUAUCCUCCUCAGCGCCAGCAACAACCACCCAUGUAUCAAAACAGGGGACCAGUGGCGAGGAACGAGGCCCCUCCUAGGAUUAUUCCUAUUAAUGCUCUUAACCCUUACUCAGGCAGGUGGACCAUCAAGGCAAGGGUGACGAGCAAAGGAGAUCUUAGGCGUUACAACAAUCCGCGUGGGGAUGGGAAAGUGUUCAGCUUCGACCUUCUAGACGCUGAUGGUGGAGAGAUAAGAGCUGCUUGUUUCAACGCCGUGGCUGAUCAGUUCUUUGAGCAGAUCGUCGUUGGUAAUCUUUAUCUGAUUUCAAGAGGGAGCCUGCGUCCUGCUCAGAAGAAGUACAAUCAUCUCCCUAACGACUACGAAAUCACUCUAAAUAAUGAAUCAACGAUAGAACAGUGCUACGAGGAGGACGCCGCCAUUCCCAAGAAUCUGUACAAUUUCCGCUCCAUCGGUGAUAUCGAAAGCAUGGAGACUGACAGCAUCAUUGACGUGAUUGGGAUCGUCUCAUCUAUCAGUCCUACUGUUUCGAUAAUGAGGAAAACCGGGACCGAGACGCAGAAGAGAUCUCUCCAGUUGAAAGAUAUGUCUGGUAGAAGUGUUGAGGUGACUAUGUGGGGUAACUUGUGUAACGCAGAGGGACAACAGCUGCAGAGUCUUUGUGACUCUGGUGAGUUUCCGGUUCUUACUGUUAAGGGGGCAAGGAUCAGUGAGUUUAAUGGGAAGGCGGUGAGUACUAUUGGAUCAAGUCAACUGUUUGUUGAGCCAGAUCUCGUUGAAGCUCAGAAACUUAAGGAAUGGUUUGCAAGAGAAGGAAGGAGUGCUCCUUUUAUCUCCAUAUCGAGAGAGCUUACCGGUGGCGGCAGAGUAGAUGUUCGUAAAACUAUCUCUCAGAUUAAAGAUGAGAAGCUAGGGACUUCUGAGAAACCGGACUGGAUCACAGUCAAUGCCACCAUUAUAUACAUGAAGGUUGACAACUUCUACUACACUGCGUGUCCUCUCAUGAACGGUGACCGUCAAUGCAACAAAAAGGUGACGGAUAAUGGAGAUGGCACGUGGCGGUGUGAGAAGUGUGAUAAAUGCGUUGAUGAGUGUGACUACAGGUAUAUACUGCAGCUACAGUUACAGGACCAUACAGGUCUUACAUGGGUCACAGCGUUUCAAGAGGCUGGUGAAGAGAUAAUGGGAAUGCCUGCUAAGGAUUUGUAUUAUGUGAAGCAUGAACACAUGGAUGAGGAGAAGUUUGAAGGUAUCAUCCGUAAGGUUGCUUUUACCAAAUACUUGUUCAAGCUGAAGGUGAAAGAAGAAACAUAUGGGGAUGAACCUACUGUGAAAGCAACCGUUGUGAAAGUAGAGAAGAUAAACUAUGGGUCUGAUACAAGGACUGUUCUUGAGGCCAUAGACAAACUCAGGACCGAGAAUGCAAGUUCUGAUGCAGGUAACUCUGGUAUUGGAACCUCAGGAACCAGAGAUCCCUCCUCAUCACUCGAAAGAAACCAAGCUGAUCAAUAUGAGAACCAAGGGCAGUACAUGGGUGGCUCUUACAGAGGCUCGGGUAGUUAUGGAGGAGGACUACCAAGGCAACAUGUUGGAGGCUACUGAAUUUGCUAUCAUUUGAUGUUCUCAUUCUGUUGUAUGUUUUUCUUUAUAUAUAAUAGCCAGGCUUUUCUGAAGCCUUUUUAGGCUACUUAUGCAUAUCAUGUACUCUGUGAUUCUGCAAACUUCAAAACACGUUUUGUUUUUCCUCAGUUUAGGGAUGGUGGUUUUUUCUUUUUUUUUGGCAAAUGUGCGUCUGCAGACAUGUUUAAAGGAUGUCAAACACCUCCAAACUUCAAGAUAUUU